AACCACCGCCAGACUCUCUGCCCCCUCUACUUAUACCACGUUUUGCGUGAUAUUGAACUAUCACCCCUUGUGGAUUCAAGGUAUACUCAGCAAGUCAAGAUCGAUGGCGGCUAAGCUGAUUGAUCGGAAGUUCCACAACGUCCCAGGGAGGCUACGCGUGGCCGAGCUGUUCUUUGACGUUCCUCUCAAUUACACCAAGCCUAAUGAGGGUACUUUGAGACUUUUUGCUCGGAGCGUUCGGCGUCUAGUUACCCCUGUCGAGCCUAAUACCGGCAACAAUGACGACAAGCAGCUCCCAUGGUUGGUCUACUUGCAGGGUGGCCCGGGGUUCGGAUGUCGUCCGCCCCAGGAAAUCGGCUGGAUAAGUACCGUUCUUGAUAAGGGCUACCAAGUUCUGUUUCUGGACCAGCGUGGAACUGGCCUCAGCUCGACCAUCACGGCGAGCACACUUGCACGACAGGGCAAUGCAGUCAAGCAGGCGGAAUACCUGAAGCACUUCCGUGCCGACAACAUCGUCCGUGACUGUGAGGCCGUCCGUCGCUGUCUCACGACAGACUUUCCCGAAGACAAGCGCAAGUGGAGUGUCAUUGGCCAGAGCUUCGGAGGCUUCUGCAUUACAUCCUACCUUUCCAUGUUUCCGGAAGGUCUGUCUGAGGCUUUCAUCUGCGGUGGACUGCCUCCUCUCGUCAGCGACCCGGACCCUGUCUAUGCACGCACAUACGAAAAGGUCCUUGAGAGAAACAAGGCGUACUAUGCCAAGUUCCCCGAAGAUGUCGACCGGGUCAAGCAAAUCGUUCAGUAUCUGAAAGACAACGAGGUUGCGCUGCCUUCCGGCAAGCUCAGCCCCGAACGUUUCCAGCAAUUGGGUAUUGCCUUCGGAAUGCACGGUGGUCUUGACAGCAUACACGAUCUUGUACUGCGCGCCUGGAGCGACCUGGACGUGCUCGGCUUCCUCACCCACCCGACCCUGACCUCGAUCGACAGUCACGGCGGCAUGGACAACAACGUCAUCUAUGCCAUUCUCCACGAGGCUAUCUACUGCCAGGGACAAGCAUCCAACUGGUCCGCAGACAGAUACCGUGCUUCCAACACAAACUUCCACAUCGACACGACUCUGCCCGAGAUCCUCUUCACCGGCGAAAUGGUCUACAAGGACAUGUUCGACUCGUACACGGAGCUCAAACAGAUCAAAGAGGCAGCCGACAUCCUCGCGUCGACCAACGACUGGCCGCAGCUCUACGACGAAGCCCAGCUGGCGCGGAACGAGGUCCCCGUCUACGCGGCUACGUACCUCGAUGACAUGUACGUGCACUUCGACCACGCGCAGAACACGGCCGCCAAGAUCAAGGGCAUCAAGCAGUUCAUCACGAAUACCAUGUACCACAAUGCGAUCCGCGCGAAGUCGGAUGAGGUGUUCCAGCAGCUGUUUGCUAUGCGGGAGGAUACCAUUGACUAGGCUGGGUUGGAGAAAGGCUAGUGGAUUAUAGUUAUCUAGGGCUCUAUUGCUGGGCUCUCCUCCACGAUAGCAGGCG